AUGGGGCGAGGCCAGAUGGCCAUCGGGCCUCGGGGCGCUGCUGCCUUCGAGCGUAGCCAGUGGCAGGCUGCCCAGGCAGACAGCGAGCUUGGCAAAGCAGUGGCCCACGACCCAGCGUGGUGCCAUGAACCCCUGGCCCCCGCGGGCCCUCGCAGCGUGGGACAGCACCUGGAACAGGGACUGUCCUGGGGGCAGGCACACUGCACCGAGAUUCCCCUUUAUGAAGACCCUCGCCAGGUGGAUGGGGGCCUCGCCCUGCCCCACUGUGACCUCAUCCGAGCUAAGUGCAGGGCCAGUGGCCCUGGAUCCAACGAGGCCACAGUCCAGGGCAGGGUCUUCAUGGGCUUUGGCCUCUGUGUCCCCAGCUCCCAGCCGGGCCAGCACGCAGCUGUGGCCUCGACGCUCCUGUGGCCCUCGGGGAUGGUGGGGUCGCUGGACCUGGGCUUGGCGCAGCUGGACCUGCGGAAGGCGCUGGUGCCGGGGUGUGGGGCUGGCUCCUGGGCCGCAGACGGCGUCGCCUUCCUCCUCAGCGGCACGACGUUGACCUUUAAGUCUUCCCAGCUCACGUGUGGCUGGGCCAGGGUGCGACAGGCUCGCCCACGUUCCUGGAGGAGAGGCGUCCUCAAGCCAGGCCCUGGGGGGCGCCGGGCAGGCCCGGCCCCGGGCGGAGGCCAAGCCCGGACCGGACCCAGCGUGGCCCGUGGCCCUCAGAGCCUCAGCAAGUGCCGCUCCAGAGUGGAGGCCAGCGAGCCAGGGAGAGGCCGCCCGGCCGUGGCUCGGCUGUGGGGCGCUCUGACUGCGCUGGCCUGGGCGUGGCCUCUGCUGACCGUCGCCUGCUCUUUCCCACACAAGUUUCCCUGGCGACAGGGGCUGAGUGCGCAGCAGGCGCGGCCCUUGGAGACCGCAUCUUCCGCAGAAGCCGACUGUGCGGCGGACUCUGUUUUAGGUGCUGGGGGGCAAUCCCGGACAAGGAACAAGCUGUUUUCGAGAGCUGCCGAUGUGUGUUUAAAAGGGAGGACAGGCCGCGGGGCCCCCGGGAGCCAUGGGCAGGAAGGCAGCUCUGGGACAGCUCACUCGGCACAGCCCGCCAGUCUGUUCCCCGCCAUGGCGAUGGCCACUGUCCGGCCUCCUCCCGGACUCAGUCCCGGACACUGCACCUUCCAGCCCAUCCCUUCGGGGCGCCACGGGACGGACCCGCGGGAAACUGCACAGAAAACACACUCGCGCCCUCCGGCCGCCCCCAGGGUGCCCACGACGUGGUGGCCCCGUGGCCAGCGUCCAGCCCGCCCAGCCCCGAGACCUCGGGGCAUCUGCCUGGGACGAAGCCAGGCCCGCGUCCCUCCUGCGCGGCCUCCUGCUGCGCCGCUCAUUUCUGCGCUGAGUAGUCCCGGGGCGGGGCCGGGCGUGUUGUUUGUCCAUCCGCCUGUGGACGGAGGCGUGGCUCCUGUCCACCCUUUGGUGAUGACCGCGCUGCUGUGACGCGGUGGGGCUUGGCGGGAAGGCCGCCUUGCAGGCCCCGGCGGACGGACCGGCUGCUCCGUCAAAGCCGUGGCAGGAGCCUAGGGUCUCUCUGUGCCUCGGUUUCCCACCGCAGCGAGGCUGGUAGCAGGAGGGAGGCUGGAAAGUGAGGCCCGGGAGGGCCCAGCGCACAGUAAGUGCUCAGUUAAGGAGGCCUCCAGGGAGGAUCAGAGCGCCCGGCCUGGCAGCCCUUCCGACAGGUCCGAGCUGGGUGCUGGGCGCUGGGCACCGGGUUGGGUUGUUAUUUUAGGGGCGAUGCCCACCCAGGAGGACACGGGCCUGGAAAUGGGAGGGAACAGCCCGCCCACCCCCAUCUGUCAAGUGAGGAGGCUACGUCGCAGGGCACUGCCCAGGCCCGGAUGCCGCCGCUGGUGUUCCUGGAGGCCAUCUGUCCUUGAACUCGGGAUCCUCCUGCCUCAGCCUCCCGAACCACUGGGACGACAGGCCGCGGCGCCCGCCCGAGUCCCCUGGUGGAAGGAGCAGAGUGAACUGCAGGGUGCGCCCUCCUCCGUCGUCCCUUGUCCUUCCUGCCUGCAGGGAGGGACAGGGCAUGGGGGAGGUGGCUUGGCAGUCCCUCCCUGGGUGCUGCUUGACCUCAGGCCCUGCAGUGCCCCAGGCUGUGCAGUCCCCCUGAGCAGGGGCCUGGCAGCUGGAGGGGCUCCGACACCUGCAGGGACACAGGCUCUGGGAAACCCCAGGCAGGACAGUGGCCCUCGGGUCCUGGGGGGCGGCGGCCCUGAGGGCCUCCCCAAGGAGGUGACAUUGAGGCUGCGGCCUGAGAUGGAGGAGCCACUUGGCCGGGGAGCAGGAGGAGGGCCGGCCAGGCCAGGCUGAGGCUCCAGUAGGACCAG